CUCCCACAAGUCAGAGAAGGAAGAGGUAUUUCUACAGGCUCUAUUAGGCCAACUGCUUCCUCUUCUCUCCUCAGAGUUGUCCCUGAACUUGGGAUAUGAGAGGGCUCACCAUGGAUCUGCCUUAUUACCACGGCCCUCUGUCCAAGCAAGACUGUGAGACCUUGUUGCUCAAGGAAGGGGGGGACGGCAACUUUCUGUUAAGAGACAGUGAGUCUAUGCCCGGAGUCCUGUGCCUCUGUGUCUCGUUUAAAAAGUUGGUCUACACAUACCGAAUCUUCAAAGAGAAACAUGGGUAUUACAAUAUACAGACCGUGGAAGGCGCUCAAAGACAGACCUUUCCAAACCUAGAGGAACUGAUCUCCAAGUUUGAAAAACCAAAUCAAGGGCUGGUGGUUCACCUUUUAAGGCCAAUAAAGAGAACCUGUCCCUCCCUGAGAUGGAGAAGAUCGAAGAUACAGCUGGAUGAGAACAGUAACAGCGAUUAUGUGGCUGUCUUGCCUUGAAGAUAAGGAGACUGGACAAAGCACUUAUAGAAGAGGACAGCCUGAACCUAUUCUCCUUGACUUGUUAAAGGUGCCACCACUACAUCACAGUUGACGUCCCCCUUUCACCCACGUGACCAGAGGGGAGAGAAGAGAGAGCGCUGGCUGCUAGUUAGGAGCCUGAGUUCCAGUCCUGGCUCUGUGACUGCAGACCAACCUCUUCCUCUUUCUCUGUUUCUUCAUCUAUAAAACAAGUGGCUAAGCAGAAGGGUACACAAUGCCCCAGCAGAGUUAAGACCUGAUCAGUGUGGAAUGUACCAAAUUCUAUGCCCAUUCUAUCACCCAUCUUCAAACCGUAGUGAUUCAUUUCACCCCACUAGCCUUACCUUUUAAAGUUAUUAAAGAGAGGAACUUAGAUCUCUAGGAAACACGAGCAGACAUUGUGGCUGGAACCCCAAAGCACGAGCCGUUCUGACUUUUGGGUCACAGCAAACCAUAGUAGAGAAGAAGUGCACUGUAGCCAUAUUCAGAGAGCUGAGGGGGCCAAAUCCUUCUGGUUGGUUCGGUAAAGGACACCACAGCAAACCUGCUCUCCAGGGUCCUGGGUCUUUGAUCCUUUCUGCAUGGUACAAAGAAGCAUGUUCCAGUUUUCAGAGCCUGCAGCAAGCCUUGGCACAGAAAAUAUAUUCAGUGACUAUUUCUUAAAUAAAUGACUGAAUAAAUCAAUAUACAUAAAAUGUGGCCACUUAUUCUGGAUAGCAGAGAUUUGUUUGAACUUUAUACAUUUCAAAAUCCAGUAGAACAUGACUAUUAAUUCAAGACCUUUCAGUUAUAACUCUCAUGGAAGUGAUCUCCUUUUUUCUGAGCAUCUAUGCGUAGCACCUUACACGAUGCUUGGUCCCAGUGGGUUUUCAGCAUAGUUUUCAAACGAGCAAGCCACAUUUAAUAGCUAAUGUGGAUGUCAUGCUAUAGUUCCCUGAAAUUUAGAAGAGCCUGAACAGGUCAUAUGAAGAACAGCUGAAAGUUCUGAGUAUGUGGGCCUGGAUGAGGGAAAACUUAAACUAAAGCAGUCGUUUCAAGGGUUUGAAGUGCUGUUCUGUGAAAGAGCCUGAAGAUUCACUGGGUACAAUGCCAGACAGCGGAACUCAGACCAAUGGCUGGGUGUUUAUAGGAGGGCAGUUUUAGCCAAAUAUAAGAAAGAACUCUGAACCCACUGGAGCUAUCCUACAUUCAAACAGUCCUCCCUCCGCUGUGGUCCAAGUGACUUAGGCAUGGAGAGUAAUCACAUUCCUUUGUUCAUAACUCAUUACCACCAUCAAACCAUACAAGACUCUUGUUUUAUUUCAUUUUUCUUCCCUUCAUCCCUAAUUCCCAUUUCAAUGGAACCAGCUCUGUACUAUUUGAUACAUGCCCUUGGUACGUAUGAACCCUUGUAGAAUAUACAGAAUUGGUUGUGACUCUAUACAUCUUUUAUAUUUACCUGCAUGAUAUGGUGCUAUUGCUCCAAUUCUGUUAUUACUUUUUUUCACUCAAUAGUAUGUUUAGUUCUAUUCCAUAUUGUUGAGUGUACAUCCAACCCAGUGCCUCUAACUGAUGCAUGGUAUUCCACAGCGUGCAUCCACCACAUUUUUCUUCCCUCUAGAGAUAGAGAUAUCUAAGUUGGUUCCAACUCCCUGCUAUCAGGAACAACACUGUGAUGAGCAAACUUGAGCAAGUCUCUCUAUGCAAGUGUAAGAGACUUCCUCUGGAUUAUAUGCGUGGGUCAUAAAGUGUAAUCAGAUUUAAUUAUGAUGUAAUCAAGCCCAUUAAGUGUUUUUUGCCUUAUGCUUUGUGCUUUUUGAUCCUUGUUUUACAAGCCCUUCCCCACUCCAAGAUCGUGGAAAAAAAAAUUAUCCUACAUUUUCUUCUACUGACUUUAUACUUUUACACUCUGCAGUUAGGGUUUUAAAGAUGGCAAGGACUUUUGCCUUUUUCACUGGCAUAUAUCCAGUGUCUAGAAAAGUCCUUCACCCAUAGUAGAUGCUCAAUAAAUAUUUAUUGACUAAAUGAUUAAUCUGGGGUUAACAUUUGUUCAUAGUGAGAGGUAAGAAUCCAGCUUUGUAUUUUUCCAUAUAUAUUUAAGUGGUUUUCUGAUUUCAACCCGCUUAAUAAUUCAUUUUCCCCCCUCUGACUUAUGGCAUCUCCUUUAUAU